AUGGCAAUGAAAUUAAGAGAUCUCAUCCGCAAAGUGCGGGCCUGCAAAACAGCAGCGGAGGAGCGUGCAGUCAUUGCCAAGGAGUCUGCGAUGAUUCGUACGGCUAUUCGGGAAGAACAGGAACAUUAUCGGCAUCGCAAUGUAGCAAAACUUUUGUUUAUGCACAUGUUAGGAUAUCCAACUCACUUUGGUCAAUUGGAAUGUAUGAAGCUCAUUGCAUCCCCACACUUCCCAGAGAAACGUAUUGGAUACUUAGGAAUGAUGCUGUUGUUAUCAGAAGAAGCUGACGUUCUGAUGCUUUCAACGAAUUCACUGAAAACCGAUUUGAAUUCACGAAACAAGUUUAUUGCCGGACUGUCGCUUUGUACCAUUGGAAACUUGGCGACCUCGGACAUGUCUAGAGAUUUGGCACCGGAAGUGGACAAACACCUCAAGUCUGGCAACGCAUAUCUUCGAAAAAAGGCCGGUCUUGCCAUGGCUAGAUGUCUCACAAAGUGUCCUGAUAUGGUGGAAGAUUUUGUGGAUCGUGUGGUCUCCUUGCUCAAGGAUAAGAACCACGGCGUGCUCAUUACGGUAGUCCAAUUGAUGACACAAGUUCUCAUGAUUGACAUGAAGAAUGCUGAAGAGGAGGGAGAGAAUCCAUUCCAAACUGACUGCCGUAAAUCUUUCUUGCGAUUGGUACCUAUGUUGGUAAAGAUGCUCAAGAAUCUUCAAAGUCCCGGUCACGCCCAAGAAUAUGAAAUUGGUGGAAUUCCAGAUCCAUUCCUUCAGGUUCAACUGUUGACCCUCCUUCGAUUGCUGGGUGCCAAGAACGAAAAGGCUUCGGAAGAAAUGAAUGAUGUCUUGUCACGUGUGGCCACUGGAACCGAGUCGUCCAAGAAUGCCGGAAACGCCAUUUUGUACGAGUGUGUGCAAACCAUCAUGGGGAUUGAAAGUGAUGACCAACUUCGUGUGCUAGCUGUCAAUAUUCUUGGUCGAUUCUUGUUGAACAGGGAUAACAAUAUUCGAUAUGUGGCUCUCAACACUUUGGCGAGAUGUAUUGUAGAGCAAAACAAAUCGGGAACAUCUGCUGUAGAUCCCAACUCGGCUUCGUCCGCCUUGCAAAAGCAUCGUGCCACCGUGGUGGAUUGUUUGAAGGAUCCUGAUAUCAGUAUUCGACAACGAGCGCUAGAAUUGAUUUACCACUUGGUGAAUCAUGAAAAUGUGGAAUCUCUGACUGCCGAACUCUUGAAUUACUUGGUGCUUUGUCCAAGAGAGCAUCGAGCGGAUAUCUGUACCCGAAUCUUGCGAGUAGUGGAGAAAUACAGUCGCGAUGAUCAAUGGCGUGUUGAUACUUUGAUUACUAUGCUUACGAUUGCUGGACGUGAGGCCACCAACGAAGUCCAGAGUUCCUCUGUCAUUUACAUUUCCAGAUCUUCCGAGGAUGUCCAUACCUAUGCCACACACAAACUGCUAAAGGCAAUCCGUGAUGACGAUGGGUCACAAAGAGGUCUCUUGGUUGUUGGUAUCUGGUGCAUUGGAGAAUACGGAGAUCUUGUCUUGUCCGAUUAUUCCUACACGCCACAAAGCGAUCCGAGCAACCUGGCUCCAGUCAGCAUCACCUUUAUGGCAAUGACUCCAUCCAGUGUAGUAGAAUCAGUGGAAAAUGUUAUUCAACGACACUCUUGCCCGGAAUCAGUCAAGGCUCGUGCUUUGACAUGUUUUGCCAAGCUCAGUGACCGGUUUGCUGAUAAAGGAGAUGCCGCUGCCUUGGAUAAAUUGCAAAAGUUGUUGAAGAAACACCAGGGAUCACAGUCGCUAGAAUUGCAACUGAGGUCAUGCGAAUACGACGCCUUGAUGAAUGCGGCCAAGGGUAUCAAGCUUGCCCCAAUUAAUAGGGCCGCCGAGAAUGAUUUGUUUGGAGUUGCGGACGAUACCUCUGGCGGCCCUGUCAGCGCAUCUGUGAUUAAUGCGGCGAAGGAGGCUUUGUCGCGCAUGCCAGUGGUGGAUUUGAAGGUUCUACAAAAGAACAAGGAGACCUUUGGUGGUGGUGACGUCGGUGCAUCCUCCGCCAUGCCAACUGCCUCGGCUGCUGCUCCAGCUCCGGGUGGCGACUUGCUCGAUAUCUUUGGAGGUACUCCCGCACCUGCACCAGCACAAAAUGGUGGUGCCCCAACCGGAGAUGCCGGCAAGAGCGAUUUGGAUCUGUUGACAGACAUAUUUGCGGCAUCUGCUGCUCAACCAGCCGCUCCUGCCAUGGGCAGUGGUGGCUACGAUCCAUUUUCUGCUCCACCUGCACAAGCUUCAGCACCAGCAGCUGCAAAUCCAUUGGACAUCUUUGGAGCAACCCCAGCAGCACCCUCACAACCAGCUGCUCCUGCGAAUCCACUCGACAUUUUCGGUGCUUCCGCUCCUGCACCGGCUGCUCCAAUGCCAGCACAAAAUGACAUUUUCGGAGCACCUCCAGCUAUGCAACAGCAAGCUCCUGCAGUAGCAGCGCAACCACCAGCACCUGCCGCUCCAGCUGGGGCACCCGCGGCGGCUGGACCUGUCACUGUACCUGGCCUUACCCACCAAGGGCUUUCGAUCGAAUUUGAAUGUUCGAAACCUGACAUUUGGAACAAGCAAACGUCAGAGCUAAUUGCGAAAUGCAAGAAUGCAAACGUUGUAGCACUGAAUGGUUUCAACUUGCAGGUCGCUGUUCCCAAAUACAUCACUAUGGAGAUGGAACCACCAUCGUCUACCACCGUUCCUCCAACACAAGGGGCUAACCCGAAACUCGUAACUCAGAAGAUCAAGGUUAUCAAUUCCAUGCUGGGGACCAAGAAUCUCAUGUUGAAGGUGAAGGUCAGCUUCACAUUGAAUGGGAAUAAGGUAGAACACUUGGCAACAUGUUCUGGAUUCCCAGCCGGCCAAUAUUAA